UCCUCUCUCCAUUUGAAUCCGGAUCCAGCGCCUUCGGUUCACGCUCGAACCAAAACCCUAUCUCUUUCUCGCUCUCUCUUUGGUAUCUGGCAAUAGAUUCUGUGUCGUCCGUGAGUACACAGUACAAUGAGGAAAGGAGCUAAGAGGAAGACGAAGCACGAAGAAGAACCCAAACCAGAUGCAGCAACAGCUUCCCAAGAAAACAAGGACCAACCACCUUCUCGAGCUAAACGGGUCAAGGCCUCUAAGCCCGAAUCCGAACCCGAGUACUUCGAAGAUAAGCGCAACUUGGAAGACUUGUGGAGGGAAGCAUUCUCUGUUGGAACAGAGUGGGACCAAUUGGAUUCCGUCUAUCAAAUCAAGUGGGAUUUCUCUAAUCUAGAAAAUGCAUUUGAAGAGGGUGGCAUUCUGAAUGGGAAAAAGGUUUACCUCUUUGGUUGCACUGAGCCUCAACUGGUUAUGUUUAAAGGUGAAAGCAAAGUUGUCUGCAUACCUGUUGUAGUAGCUGUUGUAUCACCUUUCCCACCAUCUGAUAAAAUUGGGAUUAACUCAGUUCAGAGAGAGGCUGAAGAGAUAAUUCCCAUGAAACAAAUGAAAAUGGACUGGGUUCCAUAUAUUCCUCUGGAGAACCGAGAUAGCCAAGUCGAUAGACUAAAGUCUCAGAUAUUUAUCUUGCGUUGCACCCAAAGAAGAUCUGCUUUAAAACACCUGAAGUUGGAUAGAUUAAAGAAAUACGAGUACUGCUUGCCUUAUUUCUAUCAUCCAUUUAAGGAAGAUGAACUUGAACAGAGCACUGAGGUUCAAAUAAUGUUUCCAGCUGAGCCAAAUCCGGUCCACUGUGGAUUUGAUUGGGAAUUUGAUGAACUUGAGGAGUUUACUGAUAAGCUCAUACAGGAGGAGGUGUUAUCAGAAGAUCAAAAGGAUGCCUUCAAGGACUUUGUCAAGGUAGAGGUUCGUGAAGCAAAGAAGGCUAAUAAAGAGGCAAGGGAAGCUCGGAGAAAAGCCAUUGAAGAAAUGAGCGAGGAAAGUAAAGCUGCAUUGGAGAGUAUGAGAUUUUAUAAGUUCUACCCUGUUUCAUCUCCAGAUGCACCCGAUGUAUCAAAUGUUAAGUCUCCAUUCAUAAACAGGUAUUAUGGAAAGGCUCAUGAGGUUCUGUGAUUGGCUCCAAGAUAAAAAUGGCAAUUUUCCUGGCUUGUUUUGCCAACCGCAACAGAUAUUUUGUUAUAUAUGUAAGUUCUGGAGGCAACCCUCUGGUGCCCAUCAAAUUUUCUUUGCCAUUGUUGUUGUCUAAAGUGACAUACAAUGUAAAAUUGUAGGUCAGAAGUCCUAGAGAAGUGAACUAGGUGUUAGGAGGAAUUGAGACAUAUUUCUGGCUUCCAAUUUGUAGAGAAUUUCUGAGAGCUUCAGGAGCAGCAAUUUGCAUGGCUCUUGCUUGUCUUAAGAUUAUUCUUUUUCCCGUCAAAAUUAGAUGUAUGACAGUUUUGAUUAGAAGCUAAAUGAAGAAAUAAAUUCAUUAUUGUUUCUCUAAUGUAGCUCGGCUCCGAAUAUGCUGUUGUUAUUAUAACAUCGUAGGUGUUAUGUAUUUUUACAGA